GAAAAUCGAUCUGUAUAAACACAAAACACAGAUCGAAUUGUACUCGAAAGUGUAAAGAUACGAGCUUUGCGUUUUGAAGAAAAAUGUCAAACACAACCUCUGACCUCCAUAGCCGUCUCCUCCGAGUAUCUGAGCCAAUAGCAGAGACUCUCAGACGCACUCAGUACACACCGCAAGAGAGCAGCAAAGUAUCCACCAAAGACGUACUCUUGUCUCUGUUACCAAUCACUUCUCCUCCUCGCGUACUCGAUGAAGAACAGAGUCUCUCUUCGAUCAAAAGCCUCGCACUUGCGUGUGCCCUUCUCUCUUCUUCUCGUUCCUCUACUCACGAACUCCUCUCGUGGAUCCCCGAAAGCCUCUCACUCGCAGGAGAGUCAGCAUUUUCCGAGAUAUCUCGUGAAUAUUUCAGUGACAACAACGCUGAGAGCAAGAGAUUGGUGGUUGAGUUGUUGCCGGUUGUUUUGCCGGAGUUGAAAGAUGGAAUAGAAGGGAGCUCAAUGGGUAAGGACAGUGAUGCGGAGGAUGUUUCAGCUGCUAUGGCGAGAAAGCCAGUUGGUUAUGCCAUCCUUGCUGCUCACCAGCUCAGGUGGUUUGUGACUCAGGUGGAUAAUCCGAAUCUGGCGAAAGUUUGCAACUUGGUGGUUCCAUGUGCUUUGACAGCACUCGAUCAUUGGUCUCCUGAUGUCAAAAGACAGGGUAUGAUAACCUUUGUGCACAUUGCAAAAAACGUGAGUUCAGGCGAUCUCGGUUCGUAUGGAGAUGUGGUUCUUGAUGCGUGUUGCCAGAACAUAGCUUCUGAUGACGAGAUUUGGAUACAUGUUGUGGAGUUAUCUGUGCUUCUUGUGACUAAACUUCAUCCAAAUAAUCCUCGUAGCUCAUGGUACGAGAGGAUCAUGAAUGAGAUGCUUGGUCACCUAGAACGCCAACCAAGAAACAAAGAGAGACGUAUGGCUUGGCUUACAUUCGUUGAGCCGCUCUUGAACGCUCUGGGGCUUUUCUUGCUUGCUCAUUUUCGGCGCAUCUUCCCUCUUUUAUUCCAGUGGAUGCAUUCAGAUGAUGCCCAAACCGUUUUGUUGGUUCUUGAGAGGUUGGAGACGGUUGUGAGGUUGACAUGGAUUAGAAACUCACCGGUUGUCCCAAGAUUGGUGGAGGAGCUCGUUUCCUUGUACAAAGAGUCAUCUAUGCGUAAGGAGCGUGAUGAGAUUAGACCUCUUAUCCUACGUAUCUUGAAGCUACUCCGCGAGUGCAAAAGGUUACAGUUUGAGUCUGCGUGGAGGCAGUAUCAGGCGGAUCCAAAUCUGAGCACGGUUGCGGAAUAUAUAAUGUAGACCAGCUCUGUCUGAACAGAGGCAGCUUCUCGUCGGCUCAGAGUCUUAGGGCUUGUAAUAGAGUUUCAUUCACUCUUUUUAAUUAGAGAAAUAACAAAACAUAUCUUCUGAAUAGACUAGUUUUCUCUCUUCUUAUUUCAAUCUCUCAAAAGU